UCAACAAACAAAAAAGAUAGCAAAAUGGAAAAGACAUCAACCUUAAUUCUUUGUUUUGUAAUUUGUUUGUCUGUCUCUUCCAAAUCCAACGCUACCAAUGUUUUUCCCACCCACGACGGCAUGCACAUGGACUCUCCGCCGCCCCCGAUGGGUCCGACAAGCGGCGACUCCGGCGAUGACAUGCACUCUCACGAGAUGAUGUCGGCGGCGAUGCACAUGAGUUUCUUCUGGGGGAAAAACACCCAAGUUUUAUUCUCCGGCUGGCCUGGCGACCGGUCCGGCAUGUAUGUGAUUGCGCUGGUGUUCGUCUUUUUGCUGGCGGUGGUCGUCGAGUGGUUGUCGUAUUGGCGGGUGAUGACGGAGGCGGGGCCGAGAAAUGUCGCCGCUGGGAUCGUGCAGACGGCAGUGCAUGGGAUUAGAAUGGGAAUUGCGUAUAUGGUGAUGCUUGCUUUGAUGUCGUUCAACGGCGGCGUUUUUAUCGUCGCCAUCGCCGGACAUUCGGUUGGGUUUUUGGUUUUUGGGAGCAGAGUUUUGAAGACGGCGAAAUCGUCGCCGGACGAUCAGGCGGUGUGAGUUACAAGUGGUAGUCGACAUGCGUGGGGCGAAUUGAUGGCUCAACACGAGAUGAUACAAACAACUUGGGACGAUUCAAUGGCGUGGACGACGUGGAACGAAUCGAUGUGACGAGUUGAGCAGAUUCGGUCGACAGCACAGUGGAGCGAGCUAAUCCGAUCGACAACG